CCCAUUGGCUCUGCCCCAAACUUGCAGGGAGCCCUGGUGCUGCUCUGUGUGGGGGGCCGUCCUUGGAGCCCAGGUUCCCAGUGGUGCAUGAAAGCACGGACUUUCUAAACAGCUCGGUGACAAGGAAAAGGGUGAGGACCCCCAGCCCGAGGCCCUAAAGGCUGAGUAGCCAGCGGGAUGCCAGGUCUGCUGAACCAGAUCACAGGGGCAGCCCUGCCCCUCACCGCCUCUGACGUCACCUCCUUCGUCAGUGGUUACGCUCUGGGUCUGACUGCCUCUCUCACCUAUGGCAACCUGGAAGCCCAGCCCUUCCAGGGCCUCUUCGUGUACCCACUGGAUGAAUACACCACGGUGAUCGGCUUUGAGGCGGUCAUUGCCGACCGGGUCGUGACCGUACAGAUCAAGGACAAAGCCAAGUUGGAUAACUCCCAUUUUGAGGGCACCCAUGUCCGAGCCACCUCUGUCACAGGGAACGCUCUGCAGGAGGCAAUGUCCGCCAUCCCUCCUUCCUGCACACCAGGGAAGCUGGCUUUGGAUGAGGAUCUGGAGCGGAUUCUGUUUGUGGUCAACCUGGGGACCAUUGCCCCUAUGGAGAAUGUCACCGUCUUUGUCAGCACCUCCUCGGAGCUCCCGACACUGCCCAGCGGGGCUGUGCGGGUCCUGCUUCCUGCUGUCUGCGCCCCGACCGUGCCUCAGUUCUGCACGGAGAGCAUCGGCCCCUCCACCCAACAGACCCAAGGGAAAGACAAGCAUUGCUUUGGCACCCGUUCCCUGGACUCCUGGAGCAAACUGUGCCUGGCGACUCUCCUGGAUACCGACGUGUCCAACCCCAUGGAAUAUGAGUUCAACUUCCAGCUGGAGAUCCGUGGGCCGUGCCUGCUCGCAGGGGUAGAGAGUCCCACCCACGAGAUUCGAGCCGACGCCGCCCCGUCUGCACGAUCGGCCAAGAGCAUCAUUAUCACGUUGGCCAACAGGCACACCUUCGACCGGCCCGUGGAGAUCCUCAUCCAUCCCAGCGAGCCCCACAUGCCACACGUCCUGAUGGAGAAAGGGGACAUGACCCUGGGAGAGUUUGAGCAGCACUUGAAAGGAAGAACGGAGUUCAUUAAAGGAAUGAAGAAGGACAGCAGGGCAGAGCGACAGACAGAAAUCAUCCGGAAACGCCUCCACAAGGACAUUCCCCACCACUCCGUCAUCAUGCUCAACUUCUGCCCUGACCUUCAGUCAGUCCAGCCGAACCUGAGAAAGACCCAUGGGGAGUUUAUCUUCCUCAUUGACAGGAGCGGCAGCAUGAGUGGAACCAACAUCCACCGUGUCAAGGAUGCCAUGCUGGUAGCUCUUAAGAGCCUCAUGCCAGCCUGUCUCUUCAAUGUCAUUGGGUUUGGAUCCACAUUUAAGACUCUCUUCCCUUCCAGUCAGACCUACAGUGAGGAGAGCGUGGCCAUGGCCUGUGAUAACAUCCAGAGAAUGCGUGCUGACAUGGGGGGCACCAACAUUCUUUCCCCGCUCAAGUGGAUCAUCCGUCAGCCAGUGCGCCGAGGCCACCCACGGCUUCUCUUCCUGAUCACCGAUGGUGCUGUCAACAACACCGGCAAGGUGCUAGAACUGCUGCGAAACCAUGCCUUCUCCACCAGGUGCUAUAGCUUUGGAAUUGGACCCAACGUCUGCCACAGACUGGUGAGAGGGCUGGCAACUGUAUCCAAGGGCAGUGCUGAGUUUCUGGUGGAGGGGGAACGGCUCCAACCCAAGAUGAUCAAAUCUCUGAAGAAGGCCAUGGCCCCAGUCCUGAGUGAUGUAACUGUGGAGUGGGUCUUCCCUGAGACCACCGAGGUCCUGAUCUCACCUGUGAGCACCAGCUCCCUCUUCCCCGGAGAGCGGCUGGUGGGAUAUGGCAUUGUGUGUGAUGCCUCCUUAUACAUCUCCCAUCCCAGAUCUGACAAGAGGAGACGAUACAGCAUGCUUCACUCCCAGGGGUCCAGUAGCUCUGUCUUCUACCAAUCCCAGGAUGAGGGGCCCAGCCCAGACGCCAGAAACUCUGCCAAGAGCAUGGGGUCACACUUCAACCUCAGACAACCCAAAGAUGCCCAGCCAACCACUGGAGAUGCCACCACUAAUCCUGCUCUAGACUUCUCCCAGCGACGGCGGGCAUACAGCACCAACCAGAUCACCCACCACAAGCCCUCCCCAAGGGCUCCCACAGCAAGCGACCCCACAGUGCCUGCCAAGAGAUACCCACUUCGGAAAGCCAAGCUGCAGGACCUCACCAACCAGAGCAUCACAGAUGACCCUUGGUGGCAGAUUGAUCUGCAGCCCUUGCUGAACAGUGGUCUGGACCUGAGCCAGGGCCCCAAACUCCGGGGCCCAGGGGCCCGAAGGCCCUCUCUGCUGCCCCAAGGCUGCCAACCCAGCCUGCCCUCCAGCCAGGAGACCCAGACCUGGAGCCCCAUGAAAGAGCAAGAUCUUGGGUCUAGCCUGAAGCUUGCCUCAGACAGACGUAGCCCUGGGGACCUGGAACCGUCCCAUCACCCUUCUGCCUUCGAGACUGAGACGUCCUCGGACUGGGAGCCCCCUUCAGAGUCCGAGGAGCGGAUCAAUCCGGGCAGGCCCCCCACUCCAGGCCCGGUGCUAGGCAAGGCCGUGGUCAAGGGCUUGCGGGACAGUCAACGUUUGCAGUGGGAAGUGACCUUUGAGCUGGGGCCCCCCGGCCCGGAGCGGGGAGGGGCACACGACGCCGACCUGUGGAGCGAGACCUUCCACCACCUGGCGGCCCGCGCCAUCAUCCGCGACUUCGAGCAGCUGGCGCAGCGCGAAGGCGAGAUCGAGCCAGGGUCCAGCCGCCGUUAUCAGGCGAACGCUGUGCACACCAGCAAAGCCUGCAACGUCAUCAGCAAGUAUACAGUCUUCAUGCCUGUGGACGUGAGCAAGAGCCGGUACCUGCCCACCGUGGUGGGGUACCCCAACUCUGGUGCCGCAUGGCGGAUGGUCAACUCUCAGGUCCUGACCCGACAGAGGAGAGGCCCGGCUGCUGGCUUCGGACGGUCUCAGACCCUGCUCGGGGAAGACUCGGCAGCAGGAGAUGGCAAAUUCCAGAACCUAAAUGAGGAAGAAAGCCCCACUGCACCCUUUGGUGAGACCACGUCCCCGGGCCGUGAGAAGUAUGUUGCUUCCGAAGGUCCCCUGCGCAGUCUGGCCACCAAUACCCUUUCUUCCUUCAAGACCUCAGACUCUCUCUUUGGAUCCAGGCUGAGUCUGAGCAAGUCCAGGCUGCUGACUCGGGCAGCCAAGGGCUUCCUGAACAAACCGUUGACCAAGGCUCCAGAGUCAAGUCCAGGGACCCAGAGUUUCGACUACAUCCCACUGGUGUCUCUGCAGCUGGCCUCCGGAGCCUUCCUGCUCAACCAAGCCUUCUGCGAGGCCGUCCACAUCCCCAUGGAGAAGCUCAAGUGGACCUCACCCUUCACCUGUCACCGAGUGUCCCUCACCGCCCGCCAGCCAGAGUCUAAGACCCCGAGUCCCCAGGGGUGCACCAGCCCCUCCGUGCGGCUCCCCUCCUGCGACAGCUUCUCCCCGGAGCCCCUGGCAGAGGGCAAGCCAGGCUGGGAGCCCAGGGCUGUAGUAGAACACACGGGGAAGCUGUGGGCCACCGUGGUGGCGCUGGCGUGGCUGGAGCACAGCUCAGCCUCCUACUUUGUGGAGUGGGAGCUGGUGGCCGCCAAAGCGAACUCAUGGCUGGAGCAGCAGGAGGUACCCGAGGGCCGCACACGGGGCACCCUCAAGGCAGCUGCCCGCCAGCUGUUUGUGCUCCUGCGGCACUGGGACGAGAACCUGGAAUUCAACAUGCUUUGCUAUAACCCGAAUUACGUGUAGUAGGGGUGGGAAGAGCCGAGAGGGAGGGGACGGUGCGGGCCUGGCAGGGGGGGAGCUUUUGCAGCUGUAGCUAAUAUACUGAUUGCUAGAAAGAGCCCUGGACUGGCAGUCAGGAGGCCUGAGUUCAAUCCCAAUUUGCUACCACCUAGCUGUGCGAUUGUAAGCCAGCUCCUACCCCCUGUCUGGGCCUCAGUUUCCCCACCUGUAAAAUAAGUGCGUGAGGUAAGGGAGGUUGGACGAGAUCUCUAGAAGCUCCAAAGAAUGCCCAGGCAGCUGUGGGGUGGGGAGAGAGAAAAUACAGCUUAAACCCCAGUUCUCUCUGGAAAAGGGUCCCAUGGGCAACGCCCCCCCCCAAUAAAAGGGUGGAUGAGUGAACCCAAAGACUGCCAAUAACCAGACCUGCAAGCUUUCGUCCAAGCACGGGAGACCACCGCUGCCCACUGCCUUGUGUCCGUGGUGAUGGUCCAGCACCCUGAAAUCCCACUCACAAACCCACGGGAGAAUCCCCCUUCCCAACGUGCUACAAAGAGUCACUCGGGGGCCUUUUCCCGGGGCUUGGAAGCCCUAGUGUACGUCAGUUUGCAGACGGUCGGUGACCUCCAGUCUAAGAGGAGGAGGUAGGGAGACCCAGGAGGGACACCUGCUGCUGAGGUAUUAAAACCAAGCUUCAGUCUGUGCUUAAAUAGUCCGAACAGAAUAGACAUGGUCACAGAAGCCGGUGGAGAAACCAGGCGACAACUUAAAUAAUUUGCACGGUUUCAGGAAUUGUGCAAGGCGAACUCCACCGGCGCUGAGGGGCAAGAGGGGGCCCUGCGUCAGCUCUAUUUUGGGAUCCCGGGGGCCCUCUUUGCAACAGAGAACCAGACAGAGCCUGGCUGUGCGUUUGGGACAAGCAGCUUUAGCUGGGAAGGGGCUUUAUUCAAAGAAAUGAAGGACACUUGAAUGGUCCAGCAGACACCGCCCGGGAACUUCCCCCCCCUCAAGCUCACCUGGACCCUGGGUGAUGGGCGCAGCCUCGGACACCCUGGGGGCCCAGUCACCUCUGCCCUGAAGACUCCUCUGGAAGCCGAGCUGUCCGGGACCCCAGGCUGAACCCUCACAUGCCCUCUCCAAGGCCUUAACAUCGCUUCACCAAGUGGUCCCUUUGGGCCCCAGGGCCCUGGCACAAAGCCAGUCCCUCUCCAGGGAGAUCUGGAGGUCCCCACAGAGCAAAGUGACCUGUGGGGGGUGCUGUGGGCUCUGGCACACGUCCCAGCCUCACGAAGCCUUGAGAAAUGACCAUUCUUUCUCAGGGGCAGAGGUGGAGAGGGGCUCCAACAGAAUUCCCUUCAGGCGGAGAGAAGAGGCAGCCUGGAUAGGAUAUGGUGUCCUGUGGGUUGGGGGCCCUUCUCUACCCUCCCCCUGUGCUAUGAAGUUUCCCAGGAGGGGUUUUCUCCACACCGGUCCUGCUGAGGUCAAAGAGAAAAAGGCUUAAGGAAAAAAUAACCGUAGGUAAUUAGCGCAGGCAUUGAAGCUAAGGUGAUUCCAGAAAUUAUCAAGGAGGGACACAUUGCUCCGGCAAUUGGGAUUAACUUGGAUUAAUCUGGAUUUUUUGUUCAACUAGCCCUUGCUUUCUAGGUGAUGCAAGGAAACGUUUAUGCCAUGCCUGAAUGAAUGAGUACCCUGAUCUGCAUCCUUCCUGCCCAGUGGUCCCCUCCAACAGAGGCGGGCCUCCAGGGGCAAGAACACUGAGGAGAGCUGGGAAAUCUCGGUGCUUGUCCGAACUCCCAUCAGUAUGCUGUGUGGCUUCUGGCAAGUUGCUUGCUUUCUCUGGGCCCGGUUUCAUCUUCUGUAGAAUGAAGAGGCUUAUUCAAUCAGCAUUUCCAACACUAUUCUUUGGUUGAUAUGUGAAUUAGCAAUUCAUGAGAAACGGUCCAGCAGGCAAAUAUGUUGGGGAAACCCAAGGAAAACAGAUUUCUUUAGGUCAAGACAGACUCGGAGUCAUGAAUAUGUAAAUGUGUAUUGUCAGUCUCCCAUGAGGUGAUUCAGAAGGCUGCUCUCCCCAGGGUCAUUCAGCUGGGAAAACGCUGGUCUAGAUCUCCCUAAGGGAUCUUCAGGCGCUGACAUUCAAAGAGCCUUUUUUGAGAGCCUCCUGCAUGCCAGGUGUCCCGGGGCAGCAGAGUGAGCACCACAUCGGCUGGGGGUUCCUGUCCUUUCUGAGCUUGGUGAGAAGCAUCAGAAGCGAGUUUGCUCCACGCACCAUUAACCCCCUCCCUGGCAUGCCAGGGAGGGCAUGUCUUCGCCUGCUGCUUCCCCAACCUUUGAACCUGCCAUAUGUCAGGGUGGCUUCAGACUGAGCUGUCCGGGCAUCCCUGGCACUAGAGGCUAGCCCCUGAGCUUUCGGACACGGGUGUUGUGAUAGAGUGGUUCCCAGCAGCAGCGUGGAACCCUGGCCAGAGCACCUGCGGUAGGCUUCCUUGCCCCGGGGUUUGGGGUAGGGGGGAGAGUCUGCCACAAUGUGUCCCAAGGGGCCAACCUCCCGCCACACACAGGGCAGCAUCAUCCCUCUGAGGCCCCCCUCUGCUGAGAUCAACUCCAGAUCCCGGGAAACUGGACCCCACCCUUAGGCAGAUUUGCCCUGGAUUUGAAAAUAAGCGUUUUCUCCAUCUGUCCCUGCCCGCGGACAGAACAAACGACGUCCUCUGUCCUCUGCUGCUGUGACCGAAGGAAUAGAGAGUCGAGUUCUCAAACUACCUGCUGUGGGUUGGAGGGGGGUGCACCUGCUCGCUAGGAGGGGAACCUCCUCUCUCCCUUGGCAGGGACCCCCACUGAAAGGAAGUGAGGAAAGGAGUCUCCCCGGAUCUGUGUGCAGCCUCCACCAUUCACCGGCUCUGCCAGAACCCACCACACAAGGACCUGCUCGUGUAGGGUACAAAGGCUGCUUUUCACUAUGUGCAUCUUGGAACCUCUCCCAAGUGGUCCCCAGACACAAAUGCUUCUGCAUCCUUCCUGCAAAGGGAGAGAUAAGGGCUUUUCUACCCCAGGAAUGGGCUGUGUAUUCAUUGCCAUGGUAUUUGCAAGGUUUUUUUUCCACCAAUCUAGCAGGGAUGAGGGAGAUCAACCCCCCCACCACCACCAUGGGUGCAUCCCUCAGCGGGAGCAUGUCCCCCAGCGUCAUAUAAAAAUAAGCAGGGCAGGGGAUAUAUGUGGUAUUUCACAGCUGGAACAUCUGAUCUGCAGAGACAGGUCCCUAAAGUCAGGACCUUGGCAGCAUCUCCCAGCCAGGCUCCCUAGCACUCCCUACCAUGGAGCUCCCUGACCUGCGUGUUUACCACCACCCCCCCACCUGUUGAAGUUGACCUCCAAACUGCCUCCCAGAUCACCUGACAAAGUGGGAUUCCUCCUGUUCAUGCUGCAAACCUUGGCUUGUGGCCAGCUGCCUUGAGCUUACAGCUGCUUCCCGUGGCAAAGCACCUUGGCUCCAUGCGGUCGAACGUAGUGACACACCCAGUAUAGUUUCACUAUUUGUCCUGGUGGCUUUGGCUCAAGCGGCAUGGGCGGUGCUUGUCCCCCUCGGAGCCUUAAGUGCCUACAACAUGCUGCCCUGUUCCCUUGCCUGCUCACCUAUAAUGUCCCUCCAGUGCCUGUGACACUUGCUGUUCUUAGAAUACCCGCUGCCUUUUUCCAGUGGCCAGUCCCAUGGACCCUGCGAGAGUCCUGGAUGGCAGCUGUCUUCUAUCCACCAACAAUUAGCAAACCACACCCGGGGGCUGUAUGACCAUGUCUGGUUUCAAAGGAAUGGCUUAUUUGUCAUUGGUGGCUACUGUUCUCUUAGAAGCGUUUUUAGCUCGUAACAACUAAUGAAACUGAUAUGACAAAAUGA